GCUACAACAGCCAAUCUGGCCAAUGAUUGGAUCCGCGUUAACUACGUUGUUGAUGCCAUGGCAACCGCUUAGUUGGUGGCUAGUCUACAGCUGACAUUCGUUCGAGUUGGCUGAAAGAAGCGCUUUCGGUCUCCCUUCGGCGCUUUUUGGUCCUUCGAGCAGGAACAUCGACUUAAAUGUUAACAUUUAACAUUUAAUUUUUUUUUUUUUUUUGAUAUGGUGUUAAGUAUUGUUAAUUUAAAAAUAAAUUGAACGCGACAAAAAAUAUAACAGACAAUGUCCGACCACGAGUUAAUGGAAGAAGACCACGAAAUAAACAUUUUGGACACCGACUCUCGGUUAUCGCAUAGUGAUAGUGAUGCCAGAAGCUUGCGUAGCCACUGUAGCAGUCCAGACAAUGAAUCGUCGUCGCACACGUCAACAAAAAGCUCGCUACCUUUUAGUAUUUCAAAUUUACUAGGCAAAAAUUUCGAAAACAAAUCGUCGCCUGAUUCGGGCGGCGGGACGCUCUACCAAACUCCAGCCGGUAUAUUUCAACAGAGAAGUGUACUGAGCGGACUUAUGCCUAGCGGGUUUUAUGGGCACGGUGUUUUAAGGGUGCCGGCACACAGGCCUCUUGGUGGUCCAGGAAGUCCUCCGGGUGCUACGGUAUUUAAUCCUUGGACGCUCAGUUUGGAUCCGGUACUGCAACGAUCAGCCGCCGCGGCGGCUUUCGCUUCGCAAGUCGUUAAAGACAGAUUAGCAGCGACGUUCCCAAUGACCAGACGGAUCGGCCACCCGUAUCAAAACAGAACGCCGCCAAAACGAAAGAAGCCCAGAACGUCAUUUACGAGACUUCAAAUAGCGGAACUCGAGAAAAGGUUUCACAAACAAAAGUACCUUGCGUCAGCGGAACGAGCGUCCUUAGCGAAAACAUUAAAAAUGACCGACGCUCAAGUGAAGACGUGGUUCCAAAAUAGAAGAACGAAAUGGAGGCGACAAACAGCUGAAGAACGCGAAGCUGAACGACAAGCAGCUAACAGACUAAUGCUUUCGCUCCAGGCAGAAGCAUUGAGUAAAGGAUACAUGACCGAAGGACCUUCAUCAGCUGCACCUCCUACAGAUACAGCUUUAAGUGCUUUACAAAAUUUACAACCUUGGGCAGGUCCUUAUAGUGCACCUCAGCCUGCUUUGGCUGAAUCGAUGUGUUGAAUUCAUUUGGCCAUAAACCUAGUGAAAGUGCCCAUUUUAGAUCUCUAUAAUUUUUCUCAGACCUCAGACGAGGAUAUUUGUGUUUGACUUUCUGAAUAAAGUGAUUAUAGAAUGAUCGCACUAUGUACAGAAUUAUGCCGCUUUAAAAAAUAAUCAGUUGUUUAUAGAGAUCCGUUCUGUUUUUAGUUAAGGUCCUGUAUUAUUAUUGGUUCUAUGUAUAGGGAUGUGUAUGUCAAACACACAGUGAUUAUUUUUUGUUAACUGAACAGAGUCAAAACUUUGUUUUUUUUGUAAGCAAAAAUUGUACAAUGUUUUAAACUAUUAUAAAUCAUCAAGUAAAUUGUGCAAUAGACAUUUUGUUGGUGUAGCUUAAAAAGAAUAUUUUGAGCCAAUUUUUGUAAUGUUCCACUUAAAAUCCUGCAUUAUCAACAACAAGAAAAAAUAUAGUUAAAAACGCCCACGUAAUUGUAAAUAGGAUUGUUAAUUAUAAAAAUACAAAGAAACUAUAUAAUAUAUCGUUCCGUGACGAGAAACCGUACUUCAAAC